GUGAAACUUAUUCCAGAAAUCAAACAUUACCAUCUGCCUGUCAUGUGCCGCUGGAUUUAAAUAAUAAUUUAGAAACGAUAACCAUUCUUUUCUGAUAAAUUAAACAGAAGGCUACAAUCAAGGAAGCGUGAGCGGGAAAUCAUGUUUUAUCAUAUUUCCCUGGAGCAUGAGAUCCUGCUCCACCCUCGGUACUUUGGUCCCAACCUCCUGAACACUGUGAAACAGAAGCUCUUCACAGAAGUGGAGGGAACAUGCACAGGAAAAUAUGGAUUCGUCAUUGCGGUGACCACCAUUGACAACAUUGGUGCAGGUGUCAUCCAACCAGGCAGGGGAUUCGUGCUUUACCCCGUCAAGUACAAGGCUAUUGUCUUCCGUCCAUUCAAAGGCGAGGUGGUAGAUGCCGUGGUUACCCAGGUCAACAAAGUUGGUCUGUUCACAGAGAUCGGCCCCAUGUCCUGUUUCAUCUCUCGUCAUUCCAUUCCCUCAGAGAUGGAGUUUGACCCCAACUCAAAUCCUCCCUGUUAUAAGACAACCGAUGAGGACAUUGUAAUCCAACAGGAUGAUGAGAUUCGGUUGAAGAUCGUGGGAACAAGAGUAGAUAAAAACGACAUUUUUGCCAUUGGAUCCCUCAUGGAUGAUUACCUGGGUCUUGUCAGCUGAUGUCCCUGCAGUGCUAUGCUGGUGUAUCAACAUACUAAUAUUUUUCUAGGUUGAUAAUGUGGUAUUGCUGCAAAUUGUGAAGUUCUAAAUGUGGAAGGAUCAAUGAUCCUUUGACACAGUAUGAAUAGAUACUAUUGAAACUACCCAGAGCCUGUUGAUAAGCAGGUGGUUAUGUUGCCGUAUUAAUCGCUACUGUAUCGUCGGAGUUACCCUUCAGAUGUUGUUGUAUAUUGUAUUUUUACAACUUGUGAACUGAAAUAAAUGUUUAUAUUUUUUGUUAAUGUU